CAGGUCAGCCCUGCAGGGCAGCAGCCAUGAGCCUGGUGGCCUGUGAGUGCCCGCCUGGCCCUGGCCAGGAGCCUGAGCCCUGUUCACGAGCACAGUCCCAGACCCGAAUGUACCUGGAGCAGAUUCGCAAUCGAGUGGCUCUGGGGGCACCUGACAUGACCAAGCGUGACUACCUGGUGGACGCAGCCACACAGAUCCGGCUGGCCCUGGAGCGCGAUGUCAGUGAGGACUAUGAGGCAGCCUUCAACCACUACCAGAAUGGGGUAGACGUUCUGCUCCGAGGCAUGCAUGUUGACCCCAACAAGGAACGAUGCGAGGCUGUAAAGCUGAAAAUCACCAAGUACCUGCGGCGGGCGGAGGAGAUCUUCAACUGCCACCUGCAGAGGACACUGGGCAGUGGAGCCAGCCCUGGCACGGGUUUCAGCAGCCUGAGGCUCCGGCCCAUCCGCACACUGAGCUCUGCCCUGGAGCAGCUGAGGGGCUGCAGGGUGGUCGGGGUCAUCGAGAAGGUGCAGCUGGUCCAAGACCCAGUGACUGGAGGGACCUUCGUGGUGAAGAGCCUGUCCAGGUGUCACAUGGCGAGCCGGGAGCGGCUGACCAUCAUCCCGCAUGGUGUCCCCUACAUGACCAAGUUGCUGCGGUACUUUGUGAGUGAGGACUCCAUCUUCCUGCACCUGGAAUAUGUGCAAGGAGGCACUCUCUGGUCCCACCUGCUCUCCCAGGCACACCCCCAACCGUCGGGGCUCAGUUCUGGCCCCAGCCUGGAGAAGGUGAAGGCUCAGCUCCACUCCCGCCGCAGCCUGCGGACCCCCACGCUGCUGCCCCCAGACCACACCUGCCGGCAGGACAGAGGGCCCCUGGAGUCUCCUUGGCCUUGUCGAAGCCUUCUCCGAGCCAGGGAGGCCCCAUCCAUCAGACCCCAGAGAGAGGCUGAAGGUGAACCCUCAGCCAGGACCAGCACGUCCUGCUCCUCGGACCUUCCGAUGGCCCCAAAUGGUCGCCUGCACCGCCAAUCCCAGCGAGGACCUGGCCAGAACUCAGACACCGGGUCCCCUUGGGGGCUCGCUUGGGUUCGAGAGGGGGCUGGCCGAGUGCUGGGAGGCUGUGGCCGAGGCAGAGGGCAGAGCUGUCCCUCAGCGGACAAGGCCAGCCUGGGGUCUGGCGGGGGCGCCUGGAGUGUGCGGGAAGAGCAGGCCAGGCAGUGGGCGGCUGAGCUGCUGCUGGCACUGGAGGCGCUGCACCAGCAGGGGGUGCUGUGUCGGGACCUCAAUCCCCGGAACCUGCUCCUGGACCCGGCAGGUCACAUUCGGCUCACGUAUUUCGGCCAGUGGUCAGAGGUGGAGCCCCUGUGCUGCAGGGAGGCUGUGGACAACCUCUACAGUGCCCCAGAGGUGGGUGGGAUUUCUGAACUGACCGAAGCCUGUGAUUGGUGGAGCUUUGGGUCUCUACUGUAUGAACUGCUGACUGGAAUGGCCCUGUCCCAGAGCCACCCCUCAGGAAUCCAGCCCCACACCCAGCUCCAGCUGCCCGAGUGGCUCAGUCGCCCAGCAGCCUCCCUGCUGACUGAGCUACUGCAGUUUGAGCCCAGCAGGCGCCUGGGCACUGGAGUAGGCGGAGUCCACAGACUCAAGUCCCACCCCUUUUUCAGCACUAUCCGGUGGAGCAAACUGGUGGGGUAAGGGGUGGAACAGGCUAUGGAAGCCGCGGG